AUGCGGCGUCAAACGUGUCAAACUUCUAUAACCGCCAUAGCUUUCGCUGGGUGCAAGGUUGAGCCAGUUCCACCCUGGUCAGAAUUAGCUUUGGCGAACAAAGCUUUCCCUCACCGAUUCCCUCACCGAGCGCGAACAUCCCUCCACCGGGCGUUGAGAUUCUCCAGUAGUGACGACAACGAUUAUACGAUGAAGCGAUUGGCAGCCUUCCAGGAGACAGUGACCGACGGCGCCUUAUCUUCCGUCGGGAGGGUGGAAUUUCAUCUGAACGCGGAUGCUACGCUGAAUAAGUGGGUCUACUCUCAAGAAAUGAUGGAAGUGAUGAGCGUCAUCAAGUCGAAAAUACCCAAAGCCCUUGAAAACUGCCGGCUGCGCGGAGAUUCCGGAGAAGAGCUUCUGCCUAAAACCUUUGAAGCUAAUGGGCUAUUCAGAGCAAACUUUUGGAAGUUUAUCGCCCCUCAUGUCCGAGUCCUGGGUCUCAGCGACCUCUAUUCAAUGCCAAGCACAUUGCUCGCCUGUCCUGUGCUUAGAGAACUGCGCAUGUCCUUUGUAGCCUUAGAGGACGAGAUGUUCUUGCCAACAACCGGGACCGCAAAGUUGAAGAGCCUGGUCUGUAUCGAGUCGUGGGCAGCUGUUUGCUCCUCCCUGGGCCGAAUUCUCGAUAUAAGCGACUUGGAAGUCUUAGUUAUCGAACCCGACCGCCAAAUUCUUGAACUUGAUGAUCCAGCUGAAUAUCAAGAUGCUGUCAAACAAAUCAUAAACCACUGCAAGGGCUCUCUCAAGACGCUAAGCCUCUUUUAUGGUUAUAUUGAUGGAUCUGACCAGUUUAUCAGCCACGAAAUAAAUCUGUCGGAACACGUCAACCUCGAGCUCCUUAGUUUCAUGAUCCCAGAAGGCUGGGAGAAAGGCGACGAAAAUGGAAAUCCACAGGAUCCUGAGUGGCACAACCCUCUUUUGCAGGACGUCGACAAGAUUUUGAAGACUAUUGUUAGCAAGGACGUCGUGCACAACCUAGUCAUCCGCCUCGAGAACGAGAAGGUGGAACUUACUUGUCAUGGAAUCUCCGAAUUCUCUUCCCGGUCCUUCAAUUUUAUCCAGGAGGACCCGUCGGAAGAAAACUAG